AUGGAGUCAGAAGGCAAACCUGAGUCGGUUGCAGCAGUUGCCGUCGGAAACAGACAGCUAGAGGGAGGCGCGUGUCCUUUCAUGCGCCGACGAGUGGGCGAGAUAGGCCGCGUGUGGAGCGGCGUGUGGGGGCGCGUGGUUAGGCUUUUGACGAAGCGACUUUUGCAGAGGUACGAAGAUGUGAGCAAGCAAAGAUUUGAUCGAGCUAUACUAACCUUUUUACAACAUCUUAGAAGGUGUUAUAUUGGUGACCAGGUUGUUUUGUCUUCCAAGAAGUUAUAUACCCGGCUAUCUGAACUUCUUGGACUACACGAUCAUCUACUACUGAUAAAUGUUAUUAUAGGAAAGAUUACUACUAAUCUCAAGUAUUACACAAAGUGCAAAGAGCUUAUUGAUCAUACAUUAACUCUCUUCCUGGAAAUGGCAUCAGGAGCCAUGACGGGAAAGCUGCUUCUUAAGUUGGAUACUGUUCAGCACAUAAUUUUGAAUCAUAAUAGGGAACAAUUCCCUUUUUUAGAAAAUUGGGAAUGUUUCCGCAGCAGAACAACGCUGUAUUAUACAUUUGGCAUGUUGGUGUUCAUGGAAGAUAGCAAAUUGAAAUUCAAAUCUUCAAUGGAACCUUUCCUACAGGUUUUUGGUAGAUUGAAUUCAACACCUGAUGUAUUGUUUCAAUCAGAAGCUGUAAAAUAUGCAUUUAUUGGGUUGAUGCGUGAUCUUCGAGGAAUAGCAAUGGCAACUAAUAGUCGUAGAACAUAUGGAUUCCUUUUUGAUUGGCUUUAUCCUACACACAUCCCAAUUCUUUUGAAAAGCCUUGGACAUUAUGCUGAUGCUCCAGAGGUAACAACUCCAUUGUUGAAAUUUGUUGCUGAACUGGUCCUCAACAAAUCCCAGCGAUUGACUUUUGAUUCUUCUUCCCCUAAUGGAAUACUACUUUUUCGAGAAGUCAGUAAACUGAUUGUUGCAUAUGGAUCUAGAAUUUUACCUCUACCUAAUAAAGCAGACAUGUAUACAUCCAAAUACAAGGGAAUAUCAAUUUGUUUGAUAAUUCUUCAACGAGCACUAUCUGGGAACUUUGUCAACUUCGGUAUAUUUGAACUUUAUGGUGAUAGGGCCCUCUUUGAUGCUCUUGAUAUCACUAUAAAGUUGAUGUUGUCAAUUCCUCUGGGAGACAUAUUUGCAUUUCGGAAGGUUGCAGCGACUUACUUUACGUUUUUGGAGACUCUAUUCAAUGGCCAUUUGUCAUUUGUGCUCAAUUUAGAUAAAACAGCAUUAAUGCUAAUUGUUGAAUCGCUUGAGUUAGGCAUUAAAGACUUGAGUGAAAAAAUAUCAGCUCAGUGCGCCUCUGCUAUUGACAACUUAGCUACAUUUUAUUUCGACAAUGUCACAGUUGGAUUCAUCUCUGAGUUCCCUGAGCUAUUCUCUAGAAUAUUGAGAACCUUAUUUGAGGUUGUUAUUUUGGAGGACCGUGGAAAUCAAUGGACUCAUAGCAGUGCAAUUCUAAGUAUGAUACUAAUUAGUAAAGAGAUGUUUGCAAAUACGAAGGCUCAAAUUUUGGCUUCAUAUCCACCAGACAGACAUCAGACACUUUCUCUGUGCUUUGACAAGCUUAUGCAAGAUGUAAAGAUUAGCUUGGACUCAAAGAACAGGAGCAAAUUCUCGCAGAACCUAACCAGAUUUAAGUCUGAGUUUUGUGUCAAAUAG